AUGUUCGGCGCACCCGGCAUGGCCACGGCCCAGCCGAUACCGAAGACGAUCAGUGGUUGGGUCAUUGUUCCCAUCGUUCGGAAAAGACGGCUAUUUAGACUCUUUUUCUUAGUUUUAUUCACCCUGGUGUUGCUUGUUUGGGGUUCGUGGCAUGGCGACUGGAUCAAGGAGUUCUCAAAACUCCCCAUCCCUAUUUUCGGCAGACCAGAAUACUACACCAUCACGGACCACAGUCUAUUCGAACCCUUUCAAGUCGAGAAUCCAAAUAGCAAGUCCGUGAAAGAAUUAUGCCAGACUUUCCCAAGACACAUCCUCGAUACUAUACAGCCUGUCCUGAAGAUCGGGCAUGGAGAGGACCGAGCCCGGGUUGAAGCGCAGCUCUUCAGUGUGAGUGCGUGUUUCAACGAUCACGAGCUCCCCGUCUUCUCUGAUCUUACCGAAGAGAUUCGAGGAUACCACGUUAUUGAUGUAUUGGAAGAUCUGCCUGACCUAGUUCGCAAAGACAACGUCGAGUUGGACAUGUAUGAUCUUCAGAAGACGAUGUACAUCAACGGUACCUUGGACAAGCACGACAACCAACAGAAAAUCGACGGAUGGAUGCUAGACAAGUACAAAUUCUUACCGAUGAUUGAAAAGGCAUGGGAGUUGAAGCCGAACAAGGAGUUUUAUGUCUUCUACGAAUCAGACACCUACGUCUUCUGGGACAACAUGUUCCGCUUCCUCAAAAACUUCAAUGCCGACGACCGCAUCUACAUGGGGUCUCCAUCCCCAGGCCGCGAGCACAAAAACCGAUGGGGCAAGCUCGAGCAGUCAUGGUUCGCAAACGGCGGCCCGGGCUUCGUCCUCAGCCGCGGCGCCAUCAAAGCGCUCCUCCACCCUUCGUACCUCGACGGCCUCUCCCUGGCGGAGAAAUGGGCGACGGUCACCAGGGAAGACAGCUGCGGGGACAGCAUACUGGGCUUUGCGCUGUUGGAAGCCGGUAUAGAGGUCAUGGGGCUGUGGCCCAUGUUCAAUCCGCACGCGCUCGACAACAUUCCCUUUGGCGACCAGUACUGGUGCCAACCGGCAUUGACGCUGCAUAGGACCUCACCGGAGGACAUGCGACGGCUAUGGAGAUGGGAGUUUGGGCACCGGAAGCUGGAGCAGCCCAUGCUCUACGCCGACUUGUGGGAGCUUCGCAACCAGGACUCUGAGGUUACGCAGGGCCGAGGGAACGGCGAAUGGGAGGUGCCGACAAGUGUGGAAGCGGGCUCGCUGGAGGCAUGCAGGUCGCUCUGCCUGUCCCAGGAGGGUUGCCAAGAAUGGCUUUGGAAAGGCGACGAGCAAAGGUGCGUGGCCAUCCGGUCAUCGGGGCAUGGCCAUGAGGCAGCCGACGGAUAUCGAGCUGAGCUGGGAGGGGGCUGGGUGAGAGAGACGGUCCAGGAGUUCCGACAGUGCAAUGUCACGCAAUGGGUGCGACCGAGCACAUCCAGAAUCUUCUGA